AUGCUACUUUUGUUUUCCUGUAUGAAUGUAAAAUUUGAAUUUGAAUUGAAAUAUAUCUUAUACUAAUGUUGUUGGCAACCAUGGAAUUUUUCGUUUGACUGAAUUUAUGUUGUUUUUACUCAGAAAAAAAAUUGUAUUAGGAAGUUACAAAAUCGUGUCGUUGUAAACCCUUGUUAGUUUUCAGUAAUUGCAAUGGAUAUUUAACAAAGUGCCAACAAAGACCGGAAUAAACAGUGUUGUAUUUGUGCAGCCGUGACCUGCAGCGUCUGUAACUAUGGAAGCCAGAAAGCUUGCGUUUUAAUUCUCAUGACAACAAGCCAGAGCGUCCGGUUUCCCUGUCAACCAGAGGCACCCACCUCGCGCCUGUGUCGUGAUUGCUACUUUCCCACUUGUGGCUAUAUUCUAGCACGAACUGUUUUGCGUUAACGUGCUUAUGUGCGUUAUUUAAGCGUUGAUAUUUAUUGGAGAGUGCGCUGUGCGCGCUUUGUCAACAGUGCAAAACUUUUAAAGCCUGUGAGACUUUAUUAGCGUGCGUAUCACCCCGUUAAACUCUGUCGAAGCGUUUAAAACACUUUAAGAAUUGAGGACAAUUGGAAAAACGUCGCUGUCCGUUUAAGUGUGUUGGCUCGCUACCAGUUUCCAGAUGAGUUGUGAAGGGGAUCAAGGACUGGAAGCCGUGAUUCAGAAGCUGGAGGAGACACUGCUUAACCCAGAUAGCGGUGGAGAGGAGAAGACUUACACUCUGAGGGGAGAUGAAGAGGAGUCCAACGUCACGCCCGUUCCCGCUCGCAUCCGUGAGAUCAUCACCAGAAACCUGGCUGAUACGCCCACAGGCGAGAGCAGCGAGGUGGAGGAGAACCGGCUGCCGAAGGAUCUGCCUUCUCAGAUGUGCGCAGACAGAGACCAGCUGCUUAGCAGGCAGGCUGCUCUCACUAGCCGGCUGGAGCAGAUGCUGUUGCAGCAGUCAGGAGAUUCAGACCAGCAGAGUCUGUUUGGCGCAGAGCAGGGUUGGCUAAGAGAGGAAGGACGAUCUUAUAGGCUGAAGCUCCAGGCCUUUCAGGAGAGCCAACACAGACAGGCUCAGCUGGUGCAGAAACUACAGGCAAAGUUGCUCCAAUAUAAGAGGAGAUGUGGAAAUCUAGAGCAGCAGGUGCUGGAGAAAACCUCAGAGUCAGAGAAACUGAGGCUCUCUCUCCAGUCUCACCUAGACUCUUCAGCACACCGUCUCCAGCGUUUUGAGCAGGAACACAAUAUGGAUGUCCAAAGUAAACUCGCUCUGUUGGAGGAUGAGCAGAAACGGUGUUCUGGUUUGAGCCAGGUCAAUGCACUGCUCCGGGAACAACUCGAACAAGCCAACGAAGCCAAUCAGGCCCUGACGGAAAGCCUGCAGAAGGCACGAGAGGAGGCAGAGCAGAGGGACACGCGACUCAGGAGGGAACUUGAGAUGAAUACCUCCCGAAACGGCCGCGAGCAAGCCCGUGUGCGAUCUCUGUGGCGCCAGGCGGCCUUCCUGAGAAGCUCUUUUACCCAGCUGCGGGCCUUCGCUGACAGGAGUCUGUCGGACAUGCGAGCCGAGUGCGCGGUGGCUGGCCAUCGUCUUCAAACAGCCUGUGUGAAUUUGGAGGCUAGCAUGAGCCAGCCUUGUACCCCUGCUAUCAGUGGAGUAUCUGCAUUGGAGAAUCAACUAAGAGGCAAACUAAAAGAUGCUAUGCAGCUGCAAGCCCGCUUUGACGCAGAGAAAGUAGAGCUUAACUCUAGGAUCCUGGAAUUGGGUGAAAUGGUAAAGCAGCUGAGAGCACAGAACAUUGAGAAGGAAAGCAAUCUGACAGCACUGCGGAGCAGCUUGGACAGGAUGGAAAUAAAUCGGUCCGAAGACCGAACUGAGAGGGAUGCCUUACGUAGUGAGAUCAGCAGUCUGCAACAGUUACUGCACAACAUUAAUCAGGUGGUUAGUGGUGAAAGUUCCUCAGACUUAUCAAAAGAUCAGCACCCAUCUGCAGGAUCUAUUUCCUCUUCUCAACGAGACAGUAUUCCAGUAUCUGUGCAAAAAGCCCUCUUACAGCGGCAGGCACAAAUUCAGGAGCUGCAGGGACGUCUGGAUGCUUCCCAAGAGCAGGUUGCCACCUUGCGAGAUCAGCUGCGUAUGGGGGAAGAUGAAACCAGAAGCCUGGAACAAAGAAUCCGGGAACUGCAGCAAGAAAAUCAACUUCUGGAGAGAUCUGAGGAGGACAGCACUAGAGAUGCCCUAAGAUACCGCACCUCACUGGGCAUAGUAAACAGUGAAAAAGGAGAGCUUGAGAGGCAGCUCUCAGGCCUGCAGCAGCAGCUGGAAUGCACACAAACAGAGCAGGAAGCUUUGAGAAGCUCUUCUCUGGAUGUUCAGAGGCAGAGAGACCUCCUCAGGCAGCAGAGGGAGGACCUGAGGCAGCUGGCUCGAGAACGCUCUGAAUCCGAGAGGGGACGACACUCUCUGGAGCAGCUGGAGAUGAGACACUCGGAUGUGCGCAAAGAGCUGGUCACACUAAAAGAAGCUCUGAGUCAGCUGACUUUACAGAAAGAGGUUUUGGAGGAUGAAAAGAGCACUCUUGCACAGGCUCUCUCCAGGGCGGAGGCCCAGAAUGCUGAGCAGGAACUGGCGCUCACUAAACUACGAAGUGAAGAUGCAGGGCUACAGGACUCCCUGGCCAAGAUGGGAGCCCUGAGUGAGGGAUUGGCUAAAGAUAAGGUCGAAUUGAACCGUCUUCUCUUACAGGUCGAAGCUGAAAAGGCUGAGCUCGGCGAACGUAAACGGGAAGCAGAGCUAGAGCGAGCGGCAGCCAGAGAGGAGCUAGCCAGACUUCAGCAGGAGCUGUUAGACCUAACGGCAGAGAAACGUGCUCUGGAGGCCUCACAUAUUCACCUUCAAGAGAGUCAAGUGACCCAGGAAGCAGAGUGCAACCUCCUACAGAAGGAGAAAAGUUCAGCCCUGGAGCAACACGCCCAGGUCAGUAAGCAGAAGCAAACCCUGCAGGGACAGCUGAACACAUGUCAUAGAGAAAUGGAGCUCAGUGCUGCCUCGCUAAAGAAGACUUGCAAGGAAAGAGAUGAACUGGCGAGAGACAAAGCCAAUCUCACAGUGCAGCUCACCUCAGAGCAACGUAAAUCCAAGGCCCUGGCCCAAGACCUGGCCGCUCUGCGGGCUGAGAGAGAGUCUCUAGAGUCAGGCCUGUUGGACAGGCAGGAACUGGCCUCAAUGCUAGAGGAUGACCGGGCUAGGCUAGAUGGAGAGAAUACUAGUCUACAGCAGGCUAACGAGACUUUGACGCGUGAGCUGUCUAAUGUUCACAGUGAACUAGAGCAGCAAAUGACCCGGGCAUUGCAGGAGAAACAGGCUUUAGAGUUGAAGCUUGCUCAGGUCGAGAGAAACGCACAACAAACCCUCAUUACAACACAGCAAAGCCAUCAGGAUCAACUGCAUGCGGAGCGAAAGCACAAGGAGCGCAUGCGUGUGGAGUUGUGUGCACAGAGGGAGCAGGCAGAGUCGCAGCUGCGGGCUGAGUGCAAGGAGCUGCGCAUGCAGAGUCGCAGAGUUCAGCAACAGCUGCAGGAAGAACUUGCCAAGCUGCAGCAGCACUGUACAGAAUCCCUGCUGCAGGCCGAAAGCCAUAAACAGCAGGUUCUAUCUGAGAAGGAGGUAGAGAAAGCUACUCUUACUGAGCGCAUAAUUACCCUCGAGCGUGACAUAGAGACAGCUGCCCUUGAAAAGGAUCGUAUGCGUAGAGACUUCCUGAGCAAACAGGAGCAGGACAAGGACACACUUUUAGGUUUGCAGGUAGAGCUUCAGGACCUACGCUCUCGUUUCGGGGAGUCUCUGAGUUCCCGUGAAGUUUCAGAGCGCAGCUUAAAUGACCAGAUCAGAGAGCUUUCUAUGCAGAAGCAGGAGUCUCAGCAAGAGGUGGAGCGUUUGAGAAGGGAACUGAAUGAGGUGGAGGAGAGCAGGGACUCUGGCCGUAAGGAACUAAUCGAGGCCCACAGAGAGCUGAGGGAGUGUUUGCAGGACAGGGACGCCCAGCGGCAUGAGGGCUUGGAACUGAAGAGAGCUCUAGGAGAUGUUGCGAGAGAAAAAGAGGCCAUCCAUGCUUCCAAUCAUGAACUCCGAACAGCUGUGAAGAGAGCCGAGUUUGAAAACAACAGUUUGAAGCGAGUGGGAGAAGAAAAGGAUCAGAGGCUGGCAGUGCUGGAAGAAUGUAAAUCCUCCCUACAGCAGGAGGCGCUGAAGCUGAGAACCAACAUGCGUGAACUUGAGAAAUCUCGCUUGCAGGCACGCAGGGAACUGCAGGAACUGCGCAGACAGGUGAAGACAUUAGAGGGUCAGUGCACUCAACAAGGGCAAGAGUUGAGUGACAUGCAGGCCAGACUGACCCAGGAAGAGCAUAGAGAGGAGGAAAUGAGAAAAGAGACAUUUGCUCUCCGACAAAGAGUACUGGAAUGUGAUGCUGGCAGAGAAGCAGCUCUGAAGGAGGCUGCAGGCUUGCAGCGGCGUGUAGCAGAACUGGAAGAAGUGCAGCGCCAGGAGAAAGAAUUGCAACAACAACAGGAUGCCAAUCUUCAGGAGAGCCAAAUGAAGCAGCGUGAGGAGGUUGCUCGCUUGGAGGGGGCACUGCAGGAAGCCCAGGCCCAGCUCAGGGAGUUUGGGCUGAAGGUAAGUCUAGCUGAGGCCCGGGCCCAAGGGCUGGAAGAGCAGCUGGGACAGAAUGACGCCAUACGGAGAGAUCUUGAGCACAGGUUGAAUGUUCUCAGUUCAACCCUGAAACGUACACUUGGAAGCGGACGUGGAAGAUGUUCACCCGCACCUGGGGAACGCGGGCGGAGUCCCUCACCAUGGAGAACUCGAUCACCUGUGAAAGGUGAACCCAAGUCAGAUGAGCCUGGGGUAAGUGGAUUGCUGGUGUGUUCUUUGUCCCCCUCCCACGGAGAAGAUGGAGAAUUGGAUUUGGACUCAGUUCACAUGUUGCUACGUAACUUCCAGCAAGAGCUCAGGGACACACAGAGAGAGCGGGAUGAGGCCCAAUCACAGGUGCAUAAUCUCAGCAAGCAGGUAGAAAGCCUGCAAGCCAGUCAGGAAAGAGGCAACACACGUGUUCAGAUGCUGAAACAAUCUCUCAGAGAGCUUGAGGAUGGAAAGCGUGAGCUGGCCAAGCAUUUAGAGGGGACACAAGCAUCACUCGCCUUACGGGAUGAGGCGGUUCAGCGUGGGGAGUUACAGAAUAGGAUUAUGAGUGAAGAGUUGGCCAAAAUGAAGAACAGCCAACAGAUAACUGAGGCAGAAGCCAAAGCACUGAAGGAGAAGCUGGAGCGCUCCCAGGCCACUGAGGAAAGUCUGGAGGCUGAGCGCCGCCGUAUGAAGGAGACCUGUGAGACAGCGGAAGCUCGAGCUGCCAGGCUGGAACUCACACGCCGGGGGUUGGAGGGAGAGCUGCAGCGUGCCCAGCUCCGAGCCACAGAGACAGAGUCGGAGGUCAGCUCACUGCAGGACCGCCUCAACAAUCUCCGCAGAGAACUGGGAGACAGCGAAGAGCGUGCUGCCCUCCUGAAGGUUGAGGGUGAGAGGCUGGCAACCGCCUUGGCACACACAGAACUGCAGGAAAGCCAGUUAAGGGAGCAACUGCAGUCAAUGACUGCAUCCUUGACUGAGAGCAAUGCUGCUAUAGGAGCAGCACAAGAACAGGCCGCACAGCUACAGCGAGCUCUCACAGCCAAUGAACAUGACCGGAAGAUGCUGCAGGAAAGGUUGGAUAAGACACGAGAGGCUCUAACAAACAGUAGGAAGCAAAAUCAAGGCUUGAGUGAGAAACUACAGAUCCUGCAGAGAAGCCAGGAAGAGUCUGAACUCAGGGUCUCUGAACUGGACAAACAGACACGAGGCCUGCAGGAGGCUGUGAGACAAAGGCAACAGGCUAAGCAGGAGGUGCAAGAGAGCUAUGCACUCUUGCAGGGACAAAAGGAUCAGCUUCAGGAGCAGGUGGCUACCCUGCAGACCACUGCACAUCGGCUACAAGGAGACAAAACUGAGCUGGAGAGGGCACUUCUCCGUCUGGAAAAAGACAGGUCAUCUCUAAAGCGUACCCUGGAGAAGGUAGAAAAAAAUCGCCAAAGAAAGGAGGCAGAGAUAUUGCAUGUGGAGCGUGAGAGAGAACAGCAAGAACAAAAGAUACGAAAUCUAGAGCAAGAUCUAAGCGAGACGCAGGCCGAAAUUCACACUCUACAGUCACAGAUCUCUAUUUUGGAGCAAACUCACUCCCAGAGGCUCCUGGAAGUGACUGCUCGCCACAGGCAAGAACUGGACUUAGAGACAGAGCGGAUGAGGGACUCCCAGCAGCAGGCAGAGAGAGCACUGGAGGCUCGAGAGAAAGCUCACCGCCAGAGGGUCCACUGCUUGGAGGAACAGGUUUGCACACUAAAAGAACAGUUGGAGCAGGAGAUGAAGAGGAGGCAAGCGUAUAUGAAGCAGAUGAUGAGAUUGGGGCUCUAAAAACCAUAGCGCUUUUUCAGCCCAUGGUGACCAACUAACAGAUUUUUUUUUACCAAAAAUCUUUAUAGUCUCUCAAAGGCCUAUAACCAAUGAAACAGGGCCUGUUCUAACAUGAAUGGACUUAUGUAUAAUGAAAUGUUACACAUACACACACACAUACUUUAGAUUUAAACCUCACAAAAUCACUGGUCUCAGGGAGAAUUGUUGGACUACAUUUGCACAAAUACUUUAAGUAAUCCUGAUCCACACCAUAAGAACCCAAUAACAACAAACAAAGAGAUCACUGUUUCACCAAAUGCUUCUCAAUUGCCAAAUUGUUUUAAGGAUUUGUGCAGCAAACUGUUGAAACAGACCAUAAAUCUACCUUAAGUCUAUCCCUGUUCAUCUUAGAGUAUUAAGCAUAGUCUGAAUUCUACACCACACACACUUUUAAACAUCUGUACCUACCUUAAACAUUACACCCUAGUUCCCCCAAACUGUUUUGCAAACCACAAAAUUAUGCUAUUUUCUUUCUACUUUGUAGCUUACAUGAUUGCUUUGAUAAAUUAAACCAUUUAGAGAAUAAUCAUCUUGUUUUAGUUAGCACCAAUCAGCUAAAAUACAGUUAGAGUAAAUCAGGACAGAUAAUGAGUCAUAUAUCUUAACUACAAAUGCUUUCUUAAAAGUAAUGUUUUCAUAUGGUGUUUUUCUAAUUAUGGGUGUUAAAACAAUUUCUGUUUCAUAAUCAGUGCUAUGUUGUAACUAUUAGAAAACUGAUUUGUUUCAUCAGAAAGUAAUUUUUAUGAGUCAAUAAAACCAUACAAACAAGAAAAA